CCCAGAUACGCCUGGUGUUUUCUUAACAGCAAAGCAAAGAAUAAUCAGAAGAAACUUAACGGACGAACAAACGCCGAAUCUCCUCCGUCAAUAAAACGAAGCCCCCCCCUCCCCUGCGGCUUCUCAGCCACUCUGUCCGAAACCCAGCGAACCAGGGAGGGAGAUAAAGAGUGAGUCGCCGGCAGAGACAUGGCGGAAGCCGAAGGAGCCGCUAACGGCGGGAACGCGCACGAUCUGAAAUCGCUCCUCUCCGCCGAGGGGAGGGACUUCCUCGUCCGCAACAACGGCGAUCAGGUGAAGAUCAGCAAUUUAGAUGGUAAAGUCACUGGUCUUUACUUCUCAGCCUCAUGGUGUGGCCCCUGCCACCGGUUCACUCCGAAGCUGGUCGAAGCCUACAAUGAGAUAUCAUCGAGGGUCGGCGAUUUUGAGGUCAUCUUCAUAUCGGGCGAUGAGGAUGAAGAGUCAUUUAACAACUACUUCUCUGAGAUGCCAUGGCUCGCCAUUCCUUUCUCAGACUCUGAGACCCGAGACCGCCUCAACGAGCUGUUUGAUGUUAGCGGAAUACCCCACCUUGUGGUCCUUGACAAGAGUGGCAAGGUUCUCACCGAUGAGGCUGUGCGGGCGGUGAGAGACUAUGGCUCCGAGGGGUACCCGUUCACGCCUGAGAGGAUUGCGAAGAUGAAAGAGGAGGAGGAGGCUGCGAAGAAGAACCAAACUCUUCGAAGCGUGCUGGUUUCCUCCUCUCGUGACUUUGUGAUAUCAAACAGUGGAAAUAAGGUACCUGUGGCAGAACUUGAAGGAAAGAUUGUGGGUCUGUACUUCGCGCUGAGUUCUUUUGCGCCAUGCAUUGAGUUUACCCGAGUGCUCUCAGAUAUGUAUGGCAAGCUGAAGGAAAAGGGGGAGAGUUUUGAGGUUGUGCUGGUAUCCUUAGAUGAUGAAGAUUCAUCUUUCGAGCAAAGCUUCGCCAGCAUGCCAUGGCUUGCAAUCCCCAUCAACGACAAGAGUUCCGAAAAGCUCGCCCGCUACUUUGAGCUCGAGACCAUCCCAACACUUGUUGUGAUUGGCUCGGAUGGGAAGACUCUGAAUGCCAAUGCUGCCGAACUUGUGGAGGACUAUGGGGUUGAGGCAUACCCAUUCUCUCCAGAGAAGUUGCAGGAGCUCGCAGAGAAGGAGAAGGCGAAGAUGGAAGCACAGACGCUGGAGUCGCUUCUUGUUUCUGGGGAGCGGGAUUAUGUCAUUGGAAAGGGCAAUGUGAAGGUUCCCAUAUCUGAACUUGUUGGGAAGAAUAUCCUUCUCUACUUCUCAGCGCACUGGUGCCCUCCGUGUCGUGCAUUUCUGCCCAAGCUAAUCGAUGCAUACCACAAGAUCAAGGAGAAGGACAGUGCCUUCGAAGUGAUCUUUGUCUCAAGUGAUCAGGACCAGAGCUCCUUUGAUGACUUCUUUUCUAGCAUGCCAUGGUUAGCCCUUCCCUUUGGAGACGAGAGGAAGAAGUCUUUGAGCCGCACGUUUAAGAUCUAUGGCAUCCCAUCCCUUGUUGCCAUCGGCCCAACUGGAAAAACAAUCACCAAGGAAGCAAGAGAGCUCGUGAUGGUCCAUGGAGCUGAUGCUUACCCCUUCACCGAGGAGCGAUUGAAGCAGCUUGAGACAGAGAGUGAGGAAAUGGCAAAGGGAUGGCCGGAGAAAGUGAAGCAUGAGCUCCAUGAGGAGCACGAGCUUGUGAAGACCCGCCGUUUGGGGUAUAUCUGUGACCGGUGCAAGGAGGAAGGCAAAGGGUGGUCUUUCUUUUGCGAGGAGUGUGACUUUGAUAUGCACCCCAAGUGUGCAUUGGAGGAGGAGGAGGAUAAAAAGAUGAAUGAUAUCGAUGAGGGUGGUUUACUUGGUGAGGACCCUCAAGACAGCCAAGGGGAGGGUGGCAAGGAGGGGUAUGUGUGCGAGGGGGGUGUCUGCUAUAAAGCUUGAGGUCUUCUAUCACUGGUUUUCAGACAAUUAUAUGUUACCUUAAGUCCUAAACUGCUUCUGAUAACUCAUGAUGCUUGUUUAGAAUUUUAAAUUCCUGUCUUGUAAUCUGAAAUGGAAAUGAAUAGGCUUGUCCUCUGAUUACAAAUCUUAUGAUAGAAUUCAUAGAACUUCAAUGGUUCCUGCUCUUUCACAGUUUU